AUGCGCGGACGCCGUGGAUGUCGCCUUCUGAGGAGUUCUAGGCGGCUGGAGAUGAUGGAGCUUCCAGAAUUCGCUACAAAGGGGCGUCAGUCUUCUAAGUCCUGUAUCAACGACAUUAGAGUCACUAUGGCCGAUGUAGACAUGACGGACGCCCCUGGCCCUGCGUCUGGCAAGAAGGCAGCUGGUGCUGGGAGUAAGAAGCUUGACGGAAAACAAAAGUUCGAAGUGAAGAAGCUACACGCCGUUGCGCUCUGGGCUUGGGAUAUUGUGGUCGACAACUGCGCUAUCUGCCGAAACCACAUUAUGGAUCUAUGCAUCGAAUGCCAAGCAAACCAAGCUUCCGCGACGAGUGAGGAGUGCACCGUCGCAUGGGGAAUUUGCAAUCAUGCAUUUCACUUCCACUGCAUCUCGCGAUGGUUAAAGGCUCGACAAGUUUGCCCGCUAGACAAUCGGGAUUGGGAAUUUCAGAAGUACGGCCGAUGA